AUGAAAGGCUCAUUUCAUGAUGCUUUGAAGUCACUCGAGCCUUUACCUCUGCCCCAAGUUACACCUCCUGCUGAAAUCCUUGCGACACUUGAGAUGAUCCCUGAUCUAGCUCGUGGUGACAUCUUGCGAUCUUAUGGUAAGUUGAUCCUUAGCGAACGCUUGUACCAAGCGCUUCUUGAGCUUCCCAUGAACUUCAGGAAGGAAUGGUUGUUGAUGUUGAAUUAG